CUUGCCAAAGAAGCACUGCGUGAUUGUGUGGAACGAACCUUUUUUUUUUUGGGGUUUUGUGGAUAUUUCGUAACUCUUGUCGUUUAUGCAUCAUGGCCGUAGAUCCUCUGAGUGCUGUUUCUCGUAAACAUUUUUCUACUUCGCUGUUGCUUGCUUCGAGCAUUUUUUGUUCAAUCAGCUUCAGCUCACAAAACGAUGAAGCUACUUACUUGAAAUACAAACGGAAACCACGACAAGUAGGUGUCAUGUCGAGUCCGUAUCGGUCUCCUGCACACCGUUAUAUAAAUAUAAUAGGCUUUGAAAGAACCUAGGUCAGCGUAUUGUACCAAAAAUUCGUCUUGUUUACCCGCGAUUCACUUGUUUCUCCAGUACGCGAGCAUUUAUCUUCGCGCGACCACCUACUUCGGCGGCAGCGGGCGUCCACUUCCGACGUAAUAUCGCACGACCUAAUUUGUUUUCCGCAAAGUCGUGAAAGUUAAACCUUCUUUUUACCCGGCAGGAAGACAAGCUCCAGCACGAAGAAAAUGCUGUUGCACCAGCAGGCACAGCACGACCAGGAGCUACCAACAUCGCCAGCGUCACGGGCAGCUCAUAGUGGCCGCGACAAGACGAACAAUAGCUUCCUCCACUUUGGGACGGCCAAUGACCCGCGGUCGCAGGAGGAGCUUGCUGCGGCGUACGUGCGAAGCGUCGAGGAGGCGCGGCGUGAAGCAGAGGAGGAGAACCGGGUGCGGGUAUUGUCGCCGGAGGAGUUCGUGGAGAAAGUGAACCAGGGUGAAAUCGGCAACACGAUCAACAUCCGGGAACUCGCGGACCCCGUGGAAGCCCUGCUGCUGCUGAAGGACAAAGGCCGGGUUGCCUUCGGGUUGGGGAAGAACGACGUGGCGAAAGUGUUGUACGAGAAGGCGGUGCUGCUGGCGGACGUGAUUAAGCACCAGUCGCUGAGCUGGAACCUGGGGAACGUGGAGCAACAGCAGGAGAAGGCCUUGCUGUCCGGAAAGCAGCCGGACCCGGACGAGUUUUACACGAACAACCAGAACCCGUACCACGACCUGCAGCUCGGCGGCAAGCACAGCCGCGACCUCGAGCGGGGCCUCCGCCCCGUCCUGCUGGAGCGGUACCGCGACUGCGUCCCGCUGCACUGGGAGCUGGAGGUGGUCGCGUUUGCGCCCCUGUACGCGAAUCUGGCGGCGGUGCACGUGGAGCAGCAGGAGUACAUCCUCAGCUUCCAGAACGCGAGCAAGGCGUUGCUGCGCCACCCCCGGUACGACCGCGCGCGCCUGCGCAAGGUGCAGAGCCUGGUCGGCCUCGCGAACUGGCUGGACUGGGAGCUGAAAACCGUGUACGACCGCGGCGGGUACGAAAUCGAGAACUCCAACAACCACAGCGUGACGGUCCGGGACUUGAGCUGGUGCUGUCGGCAGCUGGCCAUCAAGUACGCGCACCAGUACAACGGAGCAGAGGGAGAUGAAAAGAAGACCACCCUCAUCCCCGAGGCCGCGCAAGCUUUGCAGAAGGACGUCUACAGUCUGAAGGGCCUCAAGGAGGGUCGCGGCCUGCUCGGAAUGGAGGCGCAGCGGGUUUCGAUGACCGAAGAAACCAAGGCCUCCCGGCAAAGUUACCAGCGCAACCUGCUACCGCUUUUGGAAUUUCCCGACGAUUUCGCACACGUGCCGCCGGCCUUUCGCAGUGCGAAGAAGGUGGGUGAAAAGAACGCGAAGAUCUGGUACGCCGACAGCUUUCCGUACGUGGAAAAACGACAGAAGACGAUGACGGUGAAAAAAAAUAAGUGCGGUGAGCUGCACACGCACAGCUCCUGGAAGAAGAAAAAGGACACCAGUGCGGAUCAUCAUGCGACGACCCCCGCUGGGGACGAGGACCACACCAGCGGCAUGUUUCGCUAUUACGGAGAGGCCGGCUGGGAGUGGUCGCAUUUGGCCCGGCUCGUCUGGUCUAUGCUGCAAACGUACGGCGACGUCGGAGUUCUUGUGCCAGAAAAGAAGCAGGGCAACAAGAUGAAAACUUCUACCGAGGGCAAUGAAAAUGAUGUUGACGCAGGAGUUCAUCUUGUUGGCAGCCCAGGUGGUCGUGGUGGACCAACAUCCAGCCCCGGACGACCGAGCAGCCCCGGUUUGUCUCCCCCCGGGUCCUCGUCGACCAGCAGUGGCCCGGGAUCGUCGUCGACCACGUACGCGUUGCUCGACAUGGACCUGCGGGGCGGGACCAUGCCGACGAAGCGGUGCAAGAACCUGGUUAUCGUCCUGCACGGGCACGGGGACAGUAUGAACCCCUUCUUGAACCUCCCCACGAACCUGCACCUGCAGCAGACGGCCUUUCUGUUCCUCAACGGUCCGGACGACGAGUCGAGUUUUUUCAAGGAGCGCGCCGGCAAGCCCUGCCGGUCGUGGUUUCCCAACUUUGAGACGGGCGCCGCGGCCAUGGGGGAGUAUGUGGAUUCCAUGGAAGAGAUCGAGGAGGAGAACCUGGACAACUGCGUGCGGGUGGUCAAGCACAAGUUGUUUCCGUUGCUGGAAAGCUUGGUGCACGACUGCGGCUGGGGCUACAACGAGAUCUUCCUCCUGGGCCACGGGCAGGGCGGCGAGGUGGCGCUCGAACUCUUCUACCAACUGUACCGGAAGAGCCUGAAGGCGUCCGCGGAGGAGAACGCCAAGCACGGAUUCUUCCAGCUGGGCGGCAUUCUUGCUUCCAGCUGUAGCUUGCUCCCCGCCCGGCGCCUCGAGUUGCGGGCCCAUUUGACCGAAAAAAACAAGAGGGCGGCGUUGGACUCCAAGCAGCAGAUGGCAGCUCGUCCUUCACCUUCUCCGCCGGGCGCAUCCUCAUCUGCGACUGCGAAUGAUAUUAGAAAUAAGUCUACUCCGAUGAAGCUGCUGCAGGAGGUGACUGUUGCGGACGCGGAGAUGAAACCGAAACCCACCCCGAUCUUCCUGGUUCAUGGGAAGCUGGACAAGCAGAUUUCUCAGAACGUGUUCGCGAAAUCGUGCGCGUUGCUGGGAAAGAUGCCGGAUCGCUGCGAACUGCGGAUGCGCCUGUUCGCCAACCGCGGCGGGACCUUCUUGAACACCAAGGAUCCCGAGGAGUGCACGUUUGUGAACCAAUUUUUUGCGGACGCCCUGCACGGCUGGGGCCGCCGGGCGCAGGAGGAAACCAUGAAGCGGGUGGUGCAGCGCGACCAGUCUGUUGUCGCGAUGGGGGGACAGUAGACGACGGUAGGACUAUGACGAACAGCGGUAAGAACUGUCGUGCGUGGAUCCAGUUUUCAGUCUCUCGACCAUGAAGAUCUUAUCUAUAGACACUACUUAUCAAUCCAUUUUCAGUCAAAUUCUUGUAUCUUCCGAGAUAUAAUGAAAAUAAUAACGAAAGCAAUUUGAUGUUCUUUGAAGUACAUGUACACUUCAUCUUCGUAAAAAUCUAUGAAACAUCCUCAGCGACCCACUGAUUGCGAUUACUUUAUGGUCCAGCUAGUAGUAGUAUCAUCUUUCUUUAGAAACCCUCGCAUGGCCGAAUGACUAGGCGGGUACAACUGGCAACGGUGACCUCGUCAUCGUCCGCUAACAGUAAACAAAGAGCGUUUAACUCCUCCCAUCUAACGACAAAGACGAAAGCACUUUACUUAAAUGAUAUAUGACGACAACUAACUUUUGCGACAGGAUAUGGAUAAAAAAAUUGUGUAACGAACAGCACCAGAUGUUGUGCCUGCGUGUAGAUACUCACGGCACUCUGUACUUGAGCUUCUUCACUCUUGAUGUUACUUCCAGGUUGCGCUCCAGCGACCUGCCUACUUGAGCACUUCGUUCUUGUAUCUUCAGUUCUUCUUCGUGCAGCGACCCGAGCUGUAUGCUCCUAUUUUCCAAGAUUCGUUCGCGGUCAGUUUUGACACAGACAGCGGAUAUUAUCUUAAUCUUCUCGACCGGCGAAUUUUUCAGUAAGCAAAUUACAGCGACAAAACGACAAUACAACUACAAUCUAGCGACCAAUUCUUCAAUAUUAGACGGACCUAAAAAGAGAAAAAUUUAGAAAGAGACAACACCUUAUUUCAUUUACGACCCCUGUGCGACAUCGACAACCACAAUUCGCAGUAUGGAGGUUAGCA